AUGAAAGCUAUCGAGAAGUCAAUAUUCAAGCUGAAAUCAGCGCAAUACGUGCCGCAGGACCUUGAAAACAUCCCAAUCGAAAUUCUUCCCCUGCCCCUGGAUAGUGAUGGAGAGCCUCUAUUUGAGCCUUGCUUUUUUGAUCCCUAUCGGGUGCCUUUCCAGGACCCCGAUCCUGAGGAGAACUAUACAUCGUAUGGGGUGGUAGAAGGCUGGGAGCUGAGUCCGAUGGAUUGGGCACGCGAUGUCUAUUCCUAUCUGGAUCGGUAUAUCGCGGACGUCACUUUCAACGAUAAAGACCUGUCAUUUGGCCAACACCCCCCCCAUGACCCACUCACUCACGGAACCGGGCAGCUCUGGGAGCAUGAAACCUCCAAAGGUCACCAUUUGGAUUGGCGUGCUACGGCUGGAUGCAGUAUCCCAGAUGGGCCUCAGUACAAAUGUAUGAUGCUGGACGAUGUUGAUACUGAUGAUACCCGCAUCACUCGUGGGGAGCUCUUGUGCGCCUGUCGACUUAUGAUCAAACGCCUCAGUCUCCGAGUUCAUGCCAACCAUAUGAUUGCUCCGGUUCUGCUACUUUCCUUCUUAGGACCAAGACAUGCUCGCCUUCUCCUGGCACAUUAUGAUGGAAAUAACCUGGUCAUACGCAAGAGCGAGCUGUUUGACUGUCGCGAGAAAAACAUUCCAGCUUUCCGAGUCCCUCUACGCUGGUGGUGCUCAUCUGCUGUUGGAGACACAAUCACAGGAUAGGAUUCGUCUUUCUGACUUCUUUUAGGUCGGCGUUUUGGAUAGGUUGGUUUGGCGUCCAGAUAUUUGGGAAACAUAAGCGCGUCGGUAUCGGUCAGGUCGGUGGAAAGGCCAUGGGUUUUGGAGCCAAG